GUUGGAGAAAUGGGAAGCUGUUUCGCGUCGCGGAUCGAUUUUCCAGGUGACCUUUAGGCUCUGGGCUGGAUCGGAGAAGAAAUUGGUGUCUGCGGGGGAUGAUGCCUGAGCAGAAGAGACAGAUUACAGCUAGAGAAGGGGCCAGUCGGAAAAUCUUAUCUAAACUUUCUCUGCCUGCUCAUGCCUGGGAACCAGCAAUGAAGCAGAGUUUCGCCUUUGACAAUGUUGGCUACGAUGGUGGUCUGGACGGUCUGUUCUCUUCCUCUCAGACAGCCACCAGCACAAUCAGCAUUUUGGGCAUGACUUGCCAGUCAUGUGUGAAGUCCAUUGAGGGCAGGAUUUCCAGUUUGAAUGGUAUUGUGAGCCUUAAGGUUUCUCUGGAACAAGGUAGUGCAACUGUGAAAUAUGUGCCAUCAGUCGUGAGCCUGCAACAGGUUUGCCAUCAAAUUGGGGACAUGGGCUUCGAGGCCAGCAUUGCCAAAGGAAAGGCUGCCUCCUGGCCCUCAAGGUCCUCACACGCCCAGGAGGCUGUGGUCAAGCUCCGGGUGGAGGGCAUGACCUGCCAGUCCUGUGUCAGCUCCAUCGAAGGCAAGAUCGGGAAACUGCAAGGAGUCAUGAGAGUCAAAGUCUCACUUGGCAACCAAGAGGCAACCAUCACUUAUCAGCCGUAUCUUAUUCAACCAGAAGACCUCAGGGACUAUGUAAAUGACAUGGGGUUUGAAGCUGCCAUCAAGAACAAAAUGGCUCCCUUAAGCCUGGGACCAAUCGAUAUUGGGCGGUUACAAAGCAUUAACCCAAAGAGACCUUCAGCUUCUGCCAACCAGAAUUUCAAUAAUUCUGAGACCUUGGAGCACCAAGGAAGCCAUAUGGUCACCCUGCAACUGAGAGUAGAUGGAAUGCAUUGUAAGUCUUGUGUCUUGAAUAUUGAAGAAAAUAUAGGCCAACUCUCAGGGGUUCAAGGUAUUCAAGUGUCCUUGGAGAACAGAACUGCCCAAGUGCAGUAUGAUCCUUCUUGUAUCACCCCAGUGGCUCUGCAGAGGGCCAUUGAGGCGCUACCACCUGGGAAUUUCAAAGUUUCUUUUCCUGAUGGAGCAGAAGGGAGUGGGACAGAUAAUGGGUCUUCCACUAGUCAUUCUCCUGGCUCCCCCCAGAGCAACCAGGUGCAGGGCACGUGCAGUACUGUGGUGCUCACCAUUGCUGGCAUGACGUGUGCAUCCUGUGUCCAGUCCAUUGAAGGCGUGAUCUCCCAACGAGAAGGGGUGCAGCGAGUAUCAGUCUCUUUGGCUGAAGGGACUGGAACAGUUCUUUACGAUCCCUCUGUAAUUAGCCCAGAAGAACUCAGAGCUGCUGUGGAAGACAUGGGAUUUGAGGCUUCGGUCAUUCCUGAAAACUAUUCUAGCAACCAAGUUGGAAACCACAAUGCUGGAAAUUUCAUGAUGCAAACUACAGGUGGCAUACCUGCAUCUGUGCAGGAAGUGGCUCUCCAUGCCGGGGGGAUCCCUGAAAACCACGACCCUGGUCGCUUGUCAAAAUCCCCACCCACCAGAACAGUGGCACUGCAGAAGUGUUUUUUAAAGAUCAGUGGCAUGACCUGUGCAUCCUGUGUGUCUAACAUAGAAAGAAAUCUGCAGAAGGAAGCUGGUAUUCUCUCUGUGCUGGUUGCCUUGAUGGCAGGAAAGGCAGAGGUCAAGUACAACCCAGAGGUCAUCCAGCCACUGGAGAUAGCUCAGCUCAUCCAGAACCUGGGCUUUGAGGCAGCAGUCAUGGAAGACUAUGUGGGCUCUGACGGCGACGUGGAGCUGAUUAUCACGGGGAUGACCUGUGCUUCCUGUGUUCACAACAUAGAGUCCAGGCUCACAAGGACAAAUGGCAUCACCUAUGCCUCUGUGGCCCUCGCCACCAGCAAAGCUCACAUUAAGUUUGAUCCAGAAAUUAUCGGUCCACGGGAUAUUGUCAAAAUUAUUGAGGAAAUUGGCUUUCAUGCUUCCCUGGCCCAGAGAAAUCCCAACGCUCAUCACUUGGACCACAGGAUGGAAAUAAAGCAGUGGAAGAAGUCUUUCUUGUGCAGCCUGGUGUUUGGCAUCCCUGUUAUGGGUUUGAUGAUCUAUAUGUUAAUACCCAGAAACGAACCCCAUGAGUCUAUGGUCCUGGACCACAACAUCAUUCCAGGACUGUCCAUUCUAAAUCUCAUCUUCUUUAUCUUGUGUACCUUUGUCCAGUUCCUCGGAGGGUGGUACUUCUACGUUCAGGCCUACAAAUCUCUGAGACACAGGUCAGCCAACAUGGAUGUACUCAUUGUCCUGGCCACAAGCAUUGCCUACGUGUACUCGCUUGUCAUCCUGGCAGUUGCUAUGGCUGAGAAGGCCGAGAGGAGCCCUGUGACGUUCUUUGACACGCCCCCCAUGCUCUUCGUGUUCAUUGCCCUGGGGCGGUGGCUGGAGCACGUGGCAAAGAGCAAAACCUCAGAAGCCCUUGCCAAACUCAUGUCUCUCCAAGCCACAGAAGCCACCAUUGUGACCCUUGGGGAGGACAACUUAAUUAUCAGAGAGGAGCAAGUACCUGUGGAGCUGGUGCAGCGGGGUGAUAUCAUCAAGGUUGUCCCCGGGGGAAAGUUCCCAGUGGAUGGGAAAGUCCUAGAAGGCAACACUAUGGCUGACGAGUCCCUCAUCACAGGAGAAGCCAUGCCAGUCACAAAGAAACCCGGAAGCAUCGUGAUUGCUGGCUCUAUAAAUGCACAUGGCUCUGUGCUCAUUAGUGCCACCCAUGUGGGCAGCGACACCACUUUGGCUCAGAUUGUGAAAUUGGUGGAAGAGGCUCAGAUGUCAAAGGCACCCAUUCAGCAACUGGCUGACCGGUUCAGUGGAUAUUUUGUCCCAUUUAUCAUCAUCAUUUCAACUUUGACGUUGGUGAACCCCAACAAGCACAUCUCCCAGACAGAAGUGGUCCUCCGGUUUGCAUUCCAGACAUCCAUCACGGUGCUGUGCAUCGCCUGCCCCUGCUCUCUGGGGCUGGCCACACCCACUGCGGUCAUGGUGGGCACUGGGGUGGCCGCCCAGAAUGGCAUCCUCAUCAAGGGGGGCAAGCCCCUGGAGAUGGCGCACAAGAUAAAGACUGUGAUGUUUGACAAAACUGGCACCAUUACCCACGGCGUCCCCAGGGUCAUGCGGUUCCUCCUGCUUGUAGACGUGGCUGCACUGCCCCUCAGGAAGGUUCUGGCUGUGGUGGGAACUGCAGAAGCCAGCAGCGAGCACCCCUUGGGUGUAGCGGUCACCAAGUACUGUAAAGAGGAACUUGGAACAGAGACCUUGGGGUACUGCACAGACUUCCAGGCGGUGCCAGGCUGUGGAAUCGGGUGCAAAGUCAGCAGCGUGGACGGCCUCUUGGCCCACAGUGAGCACCGACUGGGUGAAUGGGCCACUCAUGUGAAUGGGGUUGGCAGCCUUCCUGCAGAAAAAGAUACAGCCCCCCAGACCUUCUCUGUGCUGAUUGGAAACCGCGAAUGGAUGAAGCGCAACGGCUUAACCAUCUCCAGUGAUGUCAGUGACGCUAUGACUGAUCACGAGAUGAAAGGACAGACAGCCAUCCUGGUGGCCAUUGACGGUGUGCUCUGCGGGAUGAUUGCCAUCGCAGAUGCUGUCAAGCAGGAGGCUGCCCUGGCCGUGCACACGCUGAAAAGCAUGGGUGUGGAUGUGGCUCUGAUCACGGGGGACAACCGGAAGACAGCAAGGGCCAUUGCCACCCAGGUUGGCAUCAACAAAGUCUUUGCAGAGGUUCUCCCUUCUCAUAAGGUGGCCAAGGUCCAGGAGCUUCAGAACAAAGGGAAGAAAGUCGCCAUGGUAGGAGAUGGAGUUAACGACUCUCCGGCCCUGGCCCAGGCUGAUGUGGGCAUCGCCAUUGGAACCGGGACGGAUGUUGCCAUCGAGGCAGCUGACGUCGUCCUCAUCAGAAAUGAUUUACUCGACGUGGUGGCCAGCAUUCACCUGUCCAAGAGGACUGUCCGUAGAAUACGAGUCAAUCUGGUCCUGGCGCUGAUUUAUAACCUGAUUGGGAUACCCAUUGCAGCAGGUGUCUUCAUGCCCAUUGGCAUCGUGUUGCAGCCGUGGAUGGGCUCAGCAGCCAUGGCAGCCUCCUCUGUGUCUGUGGUGCUCUCCUCCCUGCAGCUCAAGUGCUACAAGAAGCCCGACCUGGAGAAGUACGAAAUGCAGGCCCAUGGCCGCAUGAAGCCCCUGAGCCCGUCCCAGGUCAGCGUGCACAUCGGCAUGAAUGACCGGUGGCGGGACUCCCCCAGGGCCCCGGCGUGGGACCAGGUCAGCUACGUCAGCCAGGUGUCUCUGUCCUCCCUGACGUCCGACAGGCUGUCUCGGCACAGUGCCAUGAUGGACGAUGGUGGGGACAAGUGGUCUCUGCUCCUGAAUGACAGGGACGAGGAGCAGUACAUCUGA